CAUCAAUAUCCGUGCUCUGACGGUAUAACGUAGUUUUCCGGUGCACUGCAGCGAGAUUGAAGAGUUAUAUGCCUACGGUUGGCCUGCUUUGUACAUAACUCCUCUGUUCUGUUCUUCCAUUCUACUCCGUUCUGCUGUAAUACAUCCGACACCACUUCCUCUCUUCCUCCAUCCUCCCAACAAUGCUCUCUCGUUCGCCCUCUAAGCUCAUCGCAAAAUUGCAACCGUCACCAACACCGCCAUAUCGACUCUUCUCCACAACAGUAAUCCGGACCGCAGAUUUCACGCAUGCGAUCAUCGGUGGCGGCGUCGUAGGAUUAGCUGUAGCCAGGAAACUGCAGCAAAGGGAAGGUGUCAGUGCCGUGUUGAUUGAGAGGCAUGGCGCUGUGGGGACGGAAACGAGUUCCAGGAAUUCGGAGGUAAUUCAUGCGGGGCUAUACUACGGUGAAGACAGCCUGAAAACGAAGCUCUGUCUGCGCGGGAAAGAAUUAAUGUAUGAAACUUGCCGUAAACACACCAUCCCCCACCGCAACUGCGGAAAGUGGAUAGUGGCGCAGGAUUCAACGCAAAUGGCCGCGCUGGAAAACGUGCAUAAUUUUGCCUCUAAAAUCGGGGUCCCAACACACUUCCUCUCCAAAGACGAAGCCCGGAAACGCGAGCCAGACGUUAGAGCUGAGGCAGGUGUCCUUGAGAGCCCUACGACGGGGAUUGUGGAUAGCCAUUCGUUAAUGCAGUUUCUACAAGGGGAUUUUGAGGAUAAGGGUGGGAUUUGCGCGUUCCAUUCGCCAGUGACGGGUAUCCAGGCCAUUGAUUCUGGGAGCUCAGGGUGGGAAAUCACAACCACGACUCCGGAUUCCAACGACUCCGUCACCAUCACCAGCGAAACUCUCAUCAAUUCCGCCGGACUCUCCGCAAUCCCUAUUUCCAACAUGAUCCUACCCCCAGAACGGCACAGAACCCCGUAUUACGCUAAAGGGUCAUAUUUCUCCUAUUCCCUCCCCCAUCCAAAACCCUCGACUCUAAUCUACCCAGCCCCAAUCCCAGGCCACGCAGGUCUAGGCACGCAUCUCACGCUCGACCUCUCCGGCCGCGUGCGUUUUGGGCCAGAUGUAGAAUGGACAAACUCCCCCUCCGACUACCGCGUGUCGGAGAAGAAUCUCGCAGCCGCGCUUGCGGACAUUGCAACGUAUCUCCCGGAUAUUAAUACUACGGCGGUGGGGCUGGAUUAUGUGGGUAUCAGGCCGAAGUUAGGAAGAAUGGGGGGUGUGGUGUCGGGGAAGGGGUUUCAAGAUUUUUGGAUCAAGAGGGAGGAGGGAGUGCAGGGGUUUGUGAAUUUAUUGGGGAUUGAGAGUCCGGGGUUAACGAGUAGUUUAGCGAUUGCGGAGGAGGUGGAGGAGUUGUUGUACCGGUGAUGUGAUGGGAGGGGGUCUUGUAUGAAGCUCUGGAUAUGGAGAAAUAACACACAGAAUUGAACAUGUGGCAUUGAAAUGGAG